CAAUGCAAGCUCCACCCACCUGGUGCGUCUCCGUGACAUGUGACAAGUGUACCUCUGAGGCGUGACAGAAAAACGCUUAUUAUUUCUAUGUGGAACAGUGUUUGUUCGCAGCUGCAUAGACCUGUUCCUGAACACGUCUACGGGGGAAAAUACCCCAAACUAUCCAGAACACAACUAUCUGUUUCUUCAAAGCCUGUCAGAGGAACAUUUCUGUCAGGAAAAAAACCUGGAAAAUCCCCGGAAACUGUAGACGAAAUCAAAAACGGAAGGGGGAACAGAGCAAGAUUACUGGAUAUAUGCGCUUCCUCGACCGGUCAUAAUCGUACUGUUGCUAGAAGGUACAAAGAUGAGCUGCUGUGGUCUGCUAACUGUCCAGAAGCAACCAGUUCCUCUGAAGAGCAUUGAGGUGCAGCUGGAGGUGAGGGACCAUGUGGCUACAGUGGUCUCCACUCUGAACUAUGAGAACAAGGAGGACAAACCACUAGAGGCUGUCUUUGUCUUCCCUCUGCCUGGAGAUGCAGCUGUCUGUCAUUUCAGUGCUACGAUUGGACAGACACAGAUUGUAGCUGAGGUGAAGGAGAAACAGCAGGCUCGGGAGGAGUAUGAUGACGCGCUGAGCUCCGGUCAGCAGGCCUUCCUAUUGGAGGAGAGUGAGCAGAGUCCAGAUAUAUUCUCUCUGAGUGUGGGCAGUCUGCCUCCAGGAGAGAGCGCCUCCAUCAGGCUGGAGUACGUCACUGAGCUGGCUGUGCAGGCUGAUGACGGGCUGAGGUUCUGUCUGCCUGCUGUGCUCAACCCUCGCUAUGAACCACAGGGUAGUGAAGGUGCCAGUGUUCAGGUGAUUUCUGUUCCAGCCUCUCUGGUUCCCUACAGUCUGUCCUUUUCUGCCCGAGUGUCCUCUCCUCGUCCAGUCUCUAAAGUAGAGUCCAGCUGUUCCCUGGACCCUCUGCAGUACCUCAACACAGAGCAGACCCAGGCCACGGUCAAGUUGGCUGCAGGACACAAGUUUGACAGGGAUGUUGAACUGCUGAUUUAUUACAAAGAUGCCCACCAGCCCACUGCUGUGGUGGAGGCAGGACAGGCCUCUGCAAAGCCUGGCACUCUGAUGGGUGAUCCAGUAGUGAUGCUGAGCCUGUACCCUGAGUUCCCUCAGUCUGUGAUGUCUUCAGUUUCCUCAUGUGGAGAGUUUGUGUUCUUGAUGGAUCGAUCUGGGAGUAUGGGUUCGCGUAUGAACAACAGCGAGAGUCACCAGACUCGCAUUAGCAGUGCCAGGGAUACUCUACUGCUCCUGUUGAAGAGCUUACCAAUGGGCUGCUAUUUCAACAUCUACAGUUUUGGUGACUCUUAUAAACACCUGUUCCGUAAGAGUGUGAAGUACAACCAGAAGACCAUGGAGGAGGCUCUGAAGAAAGUUGAGGUGAUGGAUGCUAAUCUGGGAGGAACAGAGAUCCUGAAGCCACUUAAACAUAUUUACAGCCAGCCCUGCAUUCCCAGCCAGCCCAGACAACUGUUUGUCUUUACUGAUGGAGAGGUGUCCAACACCAAAGACGUGAUAAAUCUGGUGAAGAAGAAUUCAGGUUCUCACAGGUGUUUCUCCUUUGGGAUUGGAGAAGGAUCCAGCUCUGCUCUUAUCAAUGGGUUGGCCAAGGAAGGAGGAGGUCACGCUCAGUUCAUCACAGGGACUGACAGGAUGCAACCUAAAGUGAUGCAGUCGCUGCAAUUUGCUCUGCAGCCAGCAGUGGUGGACAUCUCAGUUACCUGGGAUUUACCAAAGGGAGUGUCUGUCACUGCUCUCUCUCCACCAAUCACAACACUUUUCCAGGGUCAGAGGUCACUGAUUUAUGCCCAGCUCACUGGACAGAGUUCAGAUGCAGCAGAGGGCUGUGUGACGGUGAAGUACAGCCUGGCAGGUCAUCCCUCUCAGAACCAGCUCCACUUCAGUCUCAAACCUGAGGAGGACACGGGACUAACAGUCCACAGGUUGGGUGCUCGGACUCUGAUUCGCUCCCUGGAGAUGGAGGAGAGAGAGCACAGAGGACAGCAAGAUGGAGGAGUGAAGGAGAAGGUGGUGGAGCUCAGUGUCCAAUCAGGAGUGAGCAGCUCCUUCACUGCUCUCAUUGCUGUCAACAAAGGCAACAACGAGCCGAUUCUAGGACCUCUGGUGCGAAGAGAUGUUCCAACGGCUGAUUCUAAAACAUGCCUGUAUCUCAGAUGUUAUAGACUGGAUCAGGAUUCUGAAUGCAGUGAGAUAGAUAAUGUUACCCUCAAAAGUUGUUCUCUGGAUGGUCCAUAUGACAACAUUAAUGUUUUCAGUGGUACUGGCAGCUCCUUUGGUUCAAGAACUUUAUCUAUGAACCGUGUUACCCUCAAAAGUUGUUCUCUGGAUGAUCCAUAUGACAACAUUAACGUUUUCAGUGGUACUGGCUCCUUGGGUCCAAGUACUUCAUCUAAGGAUGGUGGAAAAUCUGCAAAGAAGAGAGUAAAAUCAGUGUUUAGCAGAAUUGGCUGCUACUUAAAGGGUCAGAGUGCCUCAUCUCAGAGCAACAAAGCAUCUUCAAGUAGGGAUGCCGACACUGAGCCUAAGCAGCCACUCAGAGACCCUUUGCUGCAGUUGGUUUCCCUGCAGGAGGCGUCUGGUCGCUGGGUGCUGGAUCCAGCUCUGGCUGCUGCGCUGGGAAAGACCAGCGAGGAGGUGGAGAAGACAAAGCCUGCCUUGGUGAACCAGGAAGUGUGGGCCACCAUCCUGGCUCUGAUCUGGCUUCAUGGUUUCAAGAUGAAUGCUAAGGAAGAGUGGGAGCUUCUGGCUAACAAGGCUGUGUCAUGGCUCUGUGCUCAGAAUGCACCAUGUGUGGCAGAGUGUGUGGAAGCUGGAAAUACACUGUUAGGUUGCGCGGUGCAGAGAGAUGUCCUGGGGCUCUGAGCUUUUACUGAAACUGACUUCUCUCUGGGAUUGGUCCACAGAGGCUUUACACCACCCAGCAGUGUUUAUUGUGCUUCAUCAAUAUUGCACUUCAUUUCACUUCACAGAGAUGGCCUAACAUAGAAAUAAGUUAGCUCAAGUCUAUUUUGUGCCUUAUCCUCACCAUAUUUGCACUGCUUUUCAUCUAUCCAUCAACCAUGCAACAGCACAAACAUAUGGAAAUGUUCCUCUGCUUUUAAGCCUUUAAUGUAGCUUUUUAUCUGAAACUGUUUUUACCUAAAUCAAUUAAACUUAGAAUGUUUGGACAAAGCGUAAAUGAGUAGCUAAAAUAGAGGAGUUGUGGUUCAAAUUAGAGGUCAACACACGUGACCUCUUAUUUCAGCUGUCAGUAACGAUGCAACAUGAUGAUGACUUGAAUGUUUUAAAACUUCAAUUUAUUGUUCAUUAUAGAGUAAACACAGUCUCUUUUAUAUGAAGCAGUGAAUCAGUGAACAAGGGAGUGAUUUUGGACACAGUGUCUCCUCAGUUUUUUCUUGUCUUUCUGAAAAGCUGAACCAUGUUCCUCAGCUUAUCUAUUCAUAUUAUGUGGGAAUCUACCACUGCACUGCUUUGUCAUCUAAACCAAGAGUUUUUGCAGUAUUAUCAGCAGUGGACUAUGUCCCACAUGUCUUAAUGGUCAUGCUGUCAUAGCCUCAUAGGAGCUGUUGAUGUUAAGUGUGAAAUGUUUUAUCUGUGGUUCAUAAAAUGAUAAAUAUUGGGCCUCUGGCUUAUGCUAAGUAAAACCUUUAAAACAAA